AACAAUCGAAGUGAACAGAUGGAUUCCUACUUUCACACCUGCUUCGUUAUCUAAUAUGUUAGAGAAAAAGGCUCGUCCUGGGUACCGGAGAAUCCUCAAAACAUCCGCAAAAACGUUAAUUGUAAUCGAGGCAAUUUUGUUCGGUGUGUCGUACGCCGGCUGGUACCGAUUGAACACGAAUAGAGAUUUCAGAUAUUACGUUAAAGAAAACUAUCCCAGCGUGCUGGAAGCGUACUACCAACUCGGGGAAACGUUCAGUGGAGAUAAGAAGAUCCGCGCGUACGACGAAGGCAUCUGGCAACAGGAGCAGCAAGCUAAAAAGUAA